GGAAGAAAGGUUUUAGUAAACAUAUUCGCCAGCGGCAGUCGCAGAGUCAGGAAGGAUGAAGUACUUGGCAGUUCUGCUCCUAGCUGCCCUUGCUGGCGCUUCUCCAGUGGAGAAGCGAGAGGCGGACGCCGACCCUAGCGUCCCCAUCUACGGACACCCUGGUUACGGUUAUAGCCGCCCUAUCUUCUACCGAGGCUACGGCUACCAAAGCCCUUAUGGCCGCAGCUACAGACACGACCUUCACAAGAGGGCCGCUGAUCCCGAAGCCGAAGCCAACCCAUCCUACAUUCCUCCGGCCCACGCCCUCUACCGCCCCUCCUCCGUGGGCCCCAAGUACGCUCACCCUUACCGCCCUGUCCACCCCGUCCACAAGAGGUCAGCUGAUCCUGAACCCGAGUCUUCGCACCCUUUUCCCAUCUACAGUCCCUACCAUUCCUACCAUUCCACCACUUACGGCUAUCCCCACAUCCCUGUCCACCCCGUCCACUAGAGGUCUGCUGAUCCCGAGCCCUCCUACCUUUCUACUGUCCACAGUCCCUACCAUUCCUAUCAACCCACCACCUACAGCCAUUCUCACCGCCCCGUCCACAAGAGGUCUCCUGAUCCCAAACCUGAGCCUUCCUACCUUUCUACCGCCCAUAGCCUCUACCGUCCAUACCAUCUCAUCACCUAUGACCAUAGAUACGCGCAUUAAAACAACUACAUAAGAUAUAUUUACCUAAGGCACAUUCAGCCAUAAGUUUCGACCUUCAUUCAAAGAUGACAUUCGUGACCGUAUCAUUUCUUUCACACUCACGAUUCUCCCUACUGUUAUGGAUGUCGCAGAUUUACAGACCUUGGCAUAACGCAUGGUAGAUGUUUCUAAAAAGGUAAUCGAACAUCUCAUAAACGUUAGUGAAGAGA